GUUCAAAAGUUCAGUGUGUCAGUGCACAAUUCACCUUUCACUGGAUUCUUUAGUAUAAGAGAUCUACAACAUUUUAAUUUAUCAGUGAGAAUCUCCAAAAACUAUGACGAGACACAAGGAGGAAGCCAAGGAGACCUCUCCUCUAUCAGACAAACCUCAUGGAAUUAACAAAUUGUUUUGCCAACUGGUACCUUAUGGAUUCUGUAAUGAAGCAAAGGAGACUCUUAGAUUGGCCAUACCUGUGUUCUUAUCUCAAGCGAUGGUAUAUCUUUUAUUUGUGGUGAGUUCCAUGUUCUGUGGCCAUUUAGGAAAAAUUGAAUUGGAUUCUAUUACGCUUGCUACAUCUGUUAUUAAUAUAUUUGGCAUAUCAAUUGGAUAUGGAAUGAGUCAAGGAUGUGAUACAUUAAUGUCACAGACAUUUGGCAGCAAGAAUUUGAAGCGAGUGGGAACAAUCUUGCAAAGAGGAAUUCUUAUCUUAAUGCUGUGCUGCUUCCCCUGCUGGGCAAUAUUUAUUAAUACAGAGCAGAUAUUGAUACUGUUCAAGCAGAAUCCAGAUAUCGCCAGGCUAACACAAACAUAUGUGAUGAUCUUUUUACCUGCUCUGCCUGCCGUAUUUCUUCAACAACUGCUAUUAAGAUAUUUGGAAAACCAGUGUAUUAUGUGGCCUCAGGUUUUUAUUGGUGUAGCAGUAAACAUCAUGAAUGCUGUUGUCAAUGCUAUUUUCAUUAACAUCUUCAAGAUGGGAUUGGAAGGUUCAGCUUGGGCAAACACAUUUUCUCAGUGGAUGAUGUCACUUAUAAUUUUUAUAUAUAUAGUUGGUAAAAAAGUGCAUGUGGAAACAUGGGGAGGAUGGUCCAAAGACUGUUUUCAGGAGUGGGAUAUAUACUUACGCCUUGCUAUCCCCAGCAUGCUGAUGCUUUGCAUAGAAUGGUGGAGCUUUGAAAUUGGAGGCUUUUUAGCAGGGCUUAUUGGUGUUGUGGAGCUGGGAGGACAUGCCAUUAUAUUGGAGUUGGCAACCAUGGCCAUAAUGCUUCCCGUUGGCUUUAGCACAGCUGCCAAUGUCAGAAUUGGAGCGGCUUUAGGAGCUGAAGACAUUGAACAAGCCAAAAAGUCUACUAAAGUUGUUCUUUACUGCACAGCAUGUGCUUGCUUGUUGAUCAGCUGUUCUCUACUUGCGCUGAGAAAUGUCAUAGGUUAUAUGUUUACAAAUGAUAGGGAUAUUCUUACUUUGGUUUCAAAACUUAUUCUCCUAUUUGCUGGAAUGCACCUGUGUGAUGGUAUUAAUGCAGUCUGCGGUGGAAUAUUAAGAGGAACAGGAAGGCAAAAAAUUGGUGCUAUUAUAAAUGCUUUGGGCUAUUACAUCAUUGGCUUUCCAGUUGGGGUAUCGCUGAUGUUUCCUGCAAAACUUGGGGUUAUAGGUCUAUGGAUUGGAAUGUUUUGUCCAAUGUUGCUGCAAACUUGCAUCUAUAUACCCUAUAUCUUUCGAAUAAACUGGCCCAAGGUCUGUGAAGAGGCUAGAACAAGAGCUGGAGUUAAACCGGAAAUGGCCUAUGACCCCAGAACGGAUAAUUUGAAAUCUACAUUUGGCUCGGUGGAAAGUGGGGGCAAAACAAUAUCUGAUUACAGUGUUGAUGCCAUUGCCAUGCAUAACAUGACCUCUGAAGAAGAUCAUACAAAACAACUGGAGUUAAAAGAUGAUCUACCAAUGGAAACAACUAAUGUUAUUGGUGAAAUCCUUUCAACUAAACAGCUGAUUCUCCGGAGGGGACUAGCAUUGCUUCUAUCCAUUAGCUUACUUAUUAUUGGUAUCACUAUUAAACUAACUACUACCAAAAGGUAAUACAAAAAUGGAAAACCUCAAAAGGGGCAGGAUUUUCAAGGCAA